AGAGGGGGGGAGCGAGCGAAGGGGCUGGCAUGGAGCCCCCCCAACUUUCCAUCAAAGAAGAACCCCUGGAUUCAGGAGAUUCCACGUGUCCAGAUUCCCAACACAGUGGCGGGUCGAGCUCCGGACGUCUCCUGCGUCCCGCCGGGAACGGUUUGCUACGAGGGAUGACCAAAAGAGACCCCAUGUCUCUCUUGGCUGGAGGACGCAAAUACUUGGACCAUUGCGAAGCGCGGGCUUCCAGGCCUGGCAAAAGCCGGAUUCCCGGCCGGGACCACCGGCGGUAUUACCACGAGCACUGGCGAGCCGAAUACCUAAUGGACUUCAACGCGGCACGGCAUGGCAUGAUUUGCAUGGUGUGCGGCAGUUCGCUGGCCACACUCAAACUGAGCACCAUUAAGAGGCACAUUCGGCAAAAACACGCCUACUCCCUCACCUGGAGCGCCCAAGAGAAGGAGGUCAUCAUGAACAGCUGGGAUGCGCACCUGGGCCUGGAGAUGGAGACGGAGGGGGCCCACGAGUCCGCCAAAGGGUCCAUUGCGCCCCCUGGGGAUCACGGGCUGGACGGAGGCCGCCGGAGAUGCCGUGGGCCAGCUCCUCUCCCCUCUCGUGGGAGCCACCGUCCCUCCGGCCUCCUCACCCUGAAAUCUUCCCCGGAGGGUGAAUCUCAAAGCCUGGAGCAAUAUUUGAAGCAGUCCUUGCAGAGCUGGUUCCAGUCCGAGUUCCUGAUGGACUACGACCCCCAGGGCAACCGUCUCUUCUGCAUGAUGUGUGGCUCCUCCCUGCCCAGCUUGAACCUGGACGACAUCAAGCGUCACGUGAUGGAGGCGCACCCCACUUCUCUCGGCUUCAGCCCCGCCGAGAAGGCGGCCAUCCUCCAGGCGUGGAACUCUCGGGAGUUGGUGCUGGGAGCCGAGGGGAGGAAUGCAGGGGACGCAGAAACCGGCGUGUCUGCCCGGCAGGAUCUGAGCACGAAAGAGCUGGACUCCUCGGCAUCCCCAGAUCGCCCCACGGCAGAGGAGGGGACGGAUGAGGCUGCUCCGUGGGACUCAGAAGGGAGCAGCCCUCGUGUCCCGGCCCGUGGCCGAGACCACCGCCGCUACUUCCAGGAACACUGGCGGGUGGAGUACUUAAUGGACUACAAUGGGGUGCGCCACGGGCUGGUGUGCAUGGUCUGUGGGAGCACGCUGGCCACGCUCAAGAUGAGCACCAUCAAGAGGCACAUCCAGCAGAAGCACCCCGACUCCACGCAGCUUAGUCACCAGGUCAAAGCUCUCAUCGUCCAGGAGUGGAACCAGAAAGUAGCCAGCCUGACAGACGCUGACGACUCCCAGCCGGAAACGGAUGCGGAGGUGGACCAAGCCGAAUCGCACCGUGUUUACAAGCCACCUGCAUCCCCAGCGGAUUCUCCGGAGGACUGGGCAACUCCUAAGAAGGAGGGAGAUGCCCCCGGGGCAGACAGGCUGGCCCUGCCCCAGCCGUCUCCGGGAGCUGCCUCCUCCACGCCCACCGGGACCCUGUCUCGGCGGAGUCAGCGCCGAAACUACCAGCCCCGCUGGCGGGUGCAGUACCUGAUGGACUACGACGAGCAGAAGCACGGUUUGAUCUGCAUGGUCUGCGGGGGCACGCUGGCUACCCUCAAAGUCAGCACCAUCAAACGUCACAUCCUCCAGGUCCAUCGGUUCUCCCUGGAAUACACCGAGCUGGAGAAACAGACCAUCCUGGACGCUUACGGCGAGAACGCGCGAGUUGCCAGGCGCGGCAGGGCACCGGGUCCCAAAAAGGCGCCCACCGCGGGGCUCGGUUCCGAAACGCGGGAUGUAAAGCCCAACGUGGAAGAGGCAGGGAAAAUGGCCUUGGGUUACAAACUCUCGGUGUGCGCGGUUUAGCCGCACCAGCUCUGUACAAUCGGGGAGGAAACGGCGAACGAGGCGGUUUCUCUUCUCCUUCUGCGGACAGCGGAGGAGGUUGAAAUGCAUUUUGGAGAGCUGCAACUGGAUGCAACGACGCUUUGCGGAGGCCCUCAACAUAUUCUUUUCCUUCUUGUCCAGAAAAUUUGUUUCAUUGCAUGUUGUGUUUCAGCAGCAACAGUUUUAUUAAUUUUUUUUUU